UUUGUUGGUAUACAGUUGAGUUACGAAUGUCGAAUGUGCGUUACUCCGUCGCCGUCGUCCGUCGUAAAGAGAGAUUACUAAAGGAAGAAGGUGUAUGUGGUGAUUAAAGAAAUGAAUAAGUGAAAAAAAUACAAGAAGAAGAAAAAUUAAAAUUGCAAAUAAAAUGAUAAUGUAAAAGAGAAUAGAGUAAAAGAAAAAUGCCAAUUGCCGUGUAAAGCAAGAAAAAAUUGAUUUAGCAUAAAUAAAACAACGUCCUCCAAUUAGAGGUGGAUGUUAAUGUAUUUGUGACCAUCAAUAGGAUCGUCUUUUGUUUAUGAGUCUGGAAAUCUCAUCGCAUAUGUAGAAAUACAAUACAUGUUUCACAAAUAUAUAUACAUAUAUAAUAUAUAUAUAUAUAGCUAUCCAUAUUAAUUGGAAAUAAUUAAAAAAAAUGAUCAAGUAAAUAAGAUUUGUGCAAAAAGGAAAAUAAAAUGAAUUAAAUGUGGUUGUAAACGUCGCGUCACGUCAUCAUAUUCUUUGUGCUACACCAUACAACAGCAACAAAAAAAAAAACAAGUGUAACAAACCCAAUUGGACAAAACAAGAGUGCGUGCGUUCGCGUGAGUCAGUGUGUGUGUGUGUGCAUAGAAAAUAUGUAUAUUGGAAUAUAUUAGUAGAAGAUUUUUUUUCAACGUGUAUGCCAGUGAUUAAAAAAAAAUACAUAUAGAAAUCAUUCAUUAUUUUCAAUCGUAAAAAAAGUGGAAAGAAUCAUUGGGUCUGUGCAUGUGUUCUACAUUGACUUGACCAAAGCUACAUUUGCAUCUGGACGCCUAUUGUUUUUUUUUUUCUUUUUGAAAGCUCGAUUAUUCAACAUAAGCCAAAACGACGCGACGCGCGAAGAUGGCCAAAAUGGAAGUCGACGAUGUCGUCGACUUGAGUUUAGGCACUGGGCGAGACCCUGCCCUGACUAUUACACCGGCUACGGUUAGAGAUUUGAGAGCUUUGACACAAAAUUCGGGACUGACAAUAACACCAGCGCCACCUCCACCCAGUUCACCGUCGGCCACAAGCAGUACACAUGGCAAUAGCACAAAUCAAUCGUCUGCUGCUGGCGCAGGAGGAGCUGGAGGAGUAAUAGGGAGCGGUGGCGGUGGCGGUGGCAGUGGUUCCAGUACACCUACAACAAAUAACAUAUCAACAACCAUAACAAGUGUUGAUCCCUCUACCACAAAUAACAAUACAACAAAUAGCAACAACAACACAUCAUCAUCAGCAACUCCAAAUGCUACGUCAACAGCUGCCGCCGCAACACCCCAACCACCAGCCGAAGAAAACAAAGUACAGAGACGUGUCUUACGACCUCGCACCGAACCCAAAUCCUAUGCCGAGGCUCCCGAUAUUGUCCUCUUGCCAGCUCGCAUGAACGGUGGCCGUCAACAGAAUGGCAACAUCGAUUCGGAAACGGAUGAUGAAGAAAUGCCACCAUAUGUGCCCAUCAAAGAACUGACUCCCGCCGAAUUAAAGGAACGAGAAAAUGGUUUGCGUAUUUUGCGCGACGAUUUACGCAAUGAAGAAACCAAAUUGGUGUUGUUGAAGAAACUCAAACAAUCACAGCAUGUGAUGAAGGAGAAUAUUGUUGUGACACCAACAAGUGUAUCACCAUCUAAUCCAUUGGCUGCCAUUCCGACCGCCUUAACAUCUAAGGGAGCAUUGAGUGUGACACCAACGACCGCUGUACCAUUACCCGCCCAUGGUAAAAGUUCACGUUCCAAUAACAGUAACAAUAUCUCAUCAUCGGUUACCAUAAGUGCAACCAACAGCCGUUCGAAUCUUAAUUCUACAUCAGCGACAUCUUCACCUCAUCGUUCCAGUAGCAACAUCAACAGCAUUGUGGCCGGCAGCAACAACAGUAGCCACAUUGGCAACAACUCCAGCAGCAAUAACAACAAUAGCAGCAGUAGUAAUUCUAUAUUGCCACCGCCACGUUCAUCAUUGCCAGGCGGAGCAACUCUGACAGCUGGCGGUUCAUCAUCUUCCAUUAGCAUUCAAGCGGCUACAUCAUCGACACGUUCAUCAUCCUCCAGUGUACUACCGCCACGUACAAACUUACCGAAUCUCACAAUAACACCAUCGGUGACUAUAACGCCAACAUCGGCUCCGCCGUCAGGACUUAAAUCACGCAAUCAGCCUAAUAUUUCGGAUAAUUCUAAGGUACCUAAUACGAUCAACAACUCGGUAUCAAUAACACCAGCACCACCGUUGGCAUCCACACAAAAUCAACAACACAACGAUCUAAAGAAUGAUCGCUUGAAUUCCCGCGAAGAUGUACAAACUCCAGCUCAAAGGCAGGCUGCAGCCAAACUGGCACUACGUAAACAAUUGGAGAAAACUUUACUACAGAUACCACCACCUAAGCCUCCACCACCAGAGAUGCAUUUCAUACCGAAUCCCAGCAAUACAGAAUUUGUAUAUCUCUUAGGUCUAGAGACUGUGGUCGAUUAUUUAACGACAAAUAAGAAAGCAAAUGCUGUGGUGCCACCCCUGCGUUGUGCUCAGUGUAAAAUAGAUUUUACUCCCGUAUGGAAAUGGGACAAACCAAGUGGUAACAAAGAACCCAAGGUCAUAUGUGAACAAUGUGACACAUCUAAUGUUAAGAAGGCUUUGAAAGCUGAACACACCAAUCGACUGAAACAGGCCUUUGUCAAGGCAUUACAACAGGAACAAGAAAUAGAACAACGUUUAGCCACACAAAGUAGUCCAUCGCCGGUGGAUGCGCAUAUAAUGGCAUCAAUUUCAACGGCAUCGCAGCAAUCACAGGGUCAAACACAACAAUCGGUGGCAUCGGCGGCCCAUCAAUCACAACCCCAGAUGGCCCAUGCCGCUUCGACGGCAGCAGCUUUGGUUAAUUUACCACCUUCGGUAACGGUUAUACCCACCAAAUGUCAAACACCAACGCCACGACCCACACCGCCGCCAGCAAAUCAACCAACACCGCCUCCACCACCUCCAACGACACCUAGAUCGUCGCGUGUCUCCAUAUCGCACUCAUCGCAACCCAGUCCUAGUACUCCAACGCCUAGCCAAAUGCAUCACCAUCACCACCAGCAACAACAACAGCAGCAACAACAUCAGCAGCAGCAGCAACGUGAACGGGAACGUGAAAGAGAACGGGAACGAGAGCGUGAACGUGAACGAGAACGUGAAAGGGAACGUGAACGUGACCAUCAUCGUGCCGAACAACAGCAACAAAGAGCUGCCGCCGAACAGCAACAACAGCAGCAGCAGCAACAGCAACAACAAUAUGAAAAAUACUCAGCAGCUGCCUUAGCUGCUGCUGCCCAAUUAGGGGCACUUGGUUUGCCGGGUCUCAACAAUUUAGCAGGUCUAGGUGGUCUGGGCAAUUUGGGUAAUCUAGGAAAUCUUGGCCAAUUGGGUAAUUUGGCAGCGCUCGGUGGUUUAGCCAAUUUGGGAGCAGCCGCAGCAGCAACGGCAACAAACCCAGCAGCGGCGGCAGCAGCUGCAGCAGCAAAUUUAACAGCCCAUGGCAAUACAAAUCCUGCCGCUGCUGCUGCAAUGCAAGCUUUCCAUCAGCAAAUAUUUCGAGCAUUGGGUCAAGGUUUAGCAACAAAUCCUCAGCAUAUGAUGCAAUUUACACCAUUAGUAUACUAUCAAAUGGCCAUGGCUCAAGCGGCUCAAGUGGCUGCAUAUACAAAUAAAAACAAGUCUUCGUCUUCAACAUCCUCCUCUGCAUCAACAUCUAAAGCUCAGACGCCAUCAUUGGCGGACAUACAACGAGCUGCAGAAUUGCAGCGACAAUAUUUAUUAGAUAGAAAACCACCGCCAGCACCAGGACCUAGCAAUAGUCGUCAGAAUAAUUGGAAAACAUAAGUUCAGCAAUGGACUCAACAAAACACAGACACAUACAGACAGCAAUAGAAACCAGACAUAUUUAAAAUAAAAUAAUCGGAAAGGAGGCGGCGCGCCAAAAUGCAUGCUACGUAACUAUUUUUUGCUUGGCAAAAUAUUUGAAAUAAUACAAAAAAAAAAAAAAACAGAAACAUUAAAUUAUAGGAAAACUGGAACAGUUCGAGCUAUACCACAAUAUAAGAAUGACAAUUUUUCAUGGAUUUUUCUUGUAUUGAUUUCAUUUAAAAAGAAAGAACAAAUAGGAAAACCACCCCCCUCCCCCUUUGUUUGUUGGAGCAGAAAGAAAAACGAAAAUCACAGCUAAGCUUGCUCGAUUAUUUUCGUUUUUUCGUAGGACAGAAUUGCAUGUUUCAAAUGCAUGUAAAUCGUUUAUCCAUUAUUAUUAUUAUUACGUCUUUUUUUUAACAAUAAUAAAAAAACAAAAUAAAAAAGAAUUUUAUUUAUCAUUGUGUAUAGUAUAAAUAAAAUAAUUAUUAUCGUUUUAAAAUUUUUAUUUUCCAUACUUAGAUGAUAUAUACUCUACACCACCAUCACCACCACCAUUGACAAAUUAUUAAGAAUUUCUAGUUAUUUUUUUUUCUCUUUAAAUAUAAAUAUGUAAAAUAAUGUACUUUUUCAAAUCAUUAGAGACCCCCUUUAAUUAAAUUUUAAAACUAUUUGUAUAUUACUAUAUGAUAAUUAUUGUGGCGAAAAUAUUAAGGUUAUUUUUUCCUGUUUUGUAAUGCCUUCCUUCUAAUACAAAAUAUUGAUUAUUAAGCUGGGCCUCGAAAGAAAAAUAAACAAAUGAAAUAUUUCAAUCAUUCUUACAUAGCAUUGUAAUAAACAAAUAAUAUUCCCAUAUGAA